AUGGAUGUAAUAACCCUUAGUGAGACUUGGCUGAAGAAUAACCCAGCCCUCCUUGAGUAUACAGCAAUACCUGGGUACUCUGCAGUGUCUCGCAAUAGAGAGUCUAUCAAAGGUGGAGGAGUAGGAGCAUAUAUUAGUGAGACAAUCAACUUCAAGCGACGAUCUGACAUUGAAAGUCUUCAACCUGAUCUUGAACAUUUAUGGCUUGAACUUCCGGGACGAAAUAAGCACAGCAAGGCGCUAAUUGGAGUGAUCUACAGGUCGACACGGAUGUUAUGUGAAGCAGACUGGAUGGAUCGUCUUGAAGCUCUCAUUGGCUACCUCACUGUCAGUUGGGAUGGUUUACUUGUCUUGACUGGAGAUGUGAAUAUUGAUAUGCUAAAACCGCUUGAUAGUCGGACUGUGAAAUAUCAGAGCAUACUUGAUGUCUUCAGACUAAAGCAAAUUGUAACAAAACCAACUCGUAUAACUUGUACUUCAAAAACGCUAUUAGACCACAUUGUAAAUCUCCCACAAAACAUCACUUACACCGAUAUCAUACCUUGUUUGAUAGUAUGUGACCACGAUGCUCCUUUCGCGUGUAUCAACAUACGUGUCCCCAGAUUCCAGCCUCGCUUCAAGUACAUACGCAAUGAAAGGCAUUUCAAUGCAAGCGCCUUCAAGGAAGACUUCUCUUCCCUGCCAUUGAACAUUGUAUACGGACUAGAGUCUCCUGAUGAUAUGGUCGACAUCAUGAACUCCUUAAUCAAGGAAUGUAUAGAUCGUCAUGCCCCUCUCAGGAAAGUCAAGGUUACACAUCCUCCAGCACCGUGGUUGCAGACAGAUGAGAUUCGUCACUUACAAACUGAGCGAGACAGGCUAAGACGAGAUUUCAAAAGGAUGGUAGUACGGAAACCUGGAUAUUGUUCAGAGCAAUACGGAACAAAAUCAAAACGGUUAUUGGUAAAGCAAGAAGGUCAUUCUUAGCCAAAGCCCUCUCAUCAAAGCAUCCGAAACAAGUGUGGAAAGUAAUACAUCGUAUCCUUCAUCCUAACCCCAAGCCACUUCACGACGAUCCCGAGAAAUUGAACAAAUAUUUCAUUUCCACAGCUACAAGAACUCUGGGUACCGAACCAGACGAUUUACAGGAUCUUUUAAACCUUGUACAGUCACUACCCGAACAGACUAAACACUCAAGCUUUACACUAAACAAUGUGCACCGAUUUGAAAUUGUUAAAGAAAUUUCUCGGCUACGUUCAGACACUUCAACAGGCUUCGAUCAGAUUCCCGUAAAGUUUAUAAAGCACGUAAGUAAUGACCUCGCUGGUCCUCUCACAUACAUAAUCAACACCUGCAUCGAUUCCUCGAUAUUUCCCAGAACUUGGAAAACGGCUCGGGUUUCUCCCAUCCGCAAGAUCAACAAUCCCACGUGUGAGAAAGACUAUCGUCCAAUAUCGAUAUUACCUGCCCUAUCAAAGAUCUUUGAACACUUGGUGAACAAUCAAAUAGUAACGUAUAUCGAUGAGCAAGGGUUAUUAGCAUCAGGCAUUUCAGGAUAUCGUAGGGGUCAUUCUACUACAACAGUUCUGUUGAGAAUCAGAGAUGACGUAAUAAAAGCAAUGAAACGAGGAGAAGUUACAAUGAUGGUUUGCGCUGACUAUUCUAAUCAAUCAAUAUUUUUUUAUUUAGCUCCUGGAAAUUUACAUAUAACUUCUCUUCAUUAUUAA